ACAUAUUUAAUACAAUGAAAAGGUCUGCUUGUAAGCGCAAAAUUGGUCGACAGGAUAGUGAAAAGAAGUUGGAACAAGAUGCGAAACGCUUGCGGAUGGAGUUCAAGUGGCCGGUGCGUCUGUUGGAUCUGCCACUUGGGCCAUUGCAUCUGAUCUUUUCCAAAGUGCCCUUAGAGAAGCAGAAAUUAUUGCGAAACGUCUCUAAGGAGAUGAGAGAUGAGCAUAAUGACUUUAUUCUGCAUAAUUACAAAGCCUUUAACUGUAAACUAAGCAAGAUUGAGGAACACGACAAUGUGGAUCAUAAUGUUUUAAGGGUCGUGGAGGAUGCAACCAUCUAUCUUGUGAAUUCUGGUUAUGUUGCUGACAUUAUGAACAAUCUGCCGCACUUCUUUCAAGACCCUGAAAACAUUAAUGUUGAGAAUAUGCAGAAGCUUCUUCACAGGUGCUAUCAUCAAAUCGAAUGGUCGCCUAGGGAGAGGCCCAGUGGUGUCGCAGGUCGUAUAUUAUUGCACCGCCGUCGUUCGGUCUAUAUGGUGACGCUAUUGAAUCUCUUAAGACAAUUUCACGGUUAUCGUAAGGUUGGAUCGCGCAUGAAUCUUUUGCAUUGGCAGCUGCACAUCGAGCUGAAGGGUGUCCAUAUCACUGCGAAUAAUGAAAGAAAUCCAAAAAUUAAUGAGGCAGAUAAGCUCAUUGAUUUAAUGACCCUCAUCGCUGAACUCUUGGUAAACGACAUGUCCGAAUCUGGACCCGGUUUAUGUAUUAGUUUUAGUCGAUAUAUGGAUAUUGGCAACAGCACCUAUAAUUAUGGCUUAAAAAGACGGCAAUUGGGGCGUGGAUCACGACUUGAUCUGAAAUUCACUAUCCUGGCUCCUUUGGCGUUGCGAAAUCUAAUGGAAGACGUUCUAGCUGGAAAAAUUGACAAAUCAACAGCAAUAAAAUGCCCCCUGUUUGAUUCAUUUAGUAUUCAAUUGGAUUUAAAAAACUUUGGAGUCAAUUGGAUAAACGACAAUACCUGGCAAAUCUGUAUUUUGCCUUUGAUUUAGUAUUACUUGGUCAGAUUCGAAUCUCUUUAUUAGUUUAUAUAUAUUUUAUAUCAUGGUUGUAUAAAUUUGUAUAUAAAUUUUGUACCUGCAUUUGAA